AGCAAAAGCGAAACCGAGUGAUGUAGUUUUGUCCCAGAAGGGCUUCCUUAGCAACUGAAGACUAGUGGAGUACACGUUGUUUUACCAACUGGGGAUUGAGCUGUUGUAUUUUUGUAAUUCGUUUUUUGGGGGUCUACAUACUUUGGGAUAUACAAAAAAUAAAUAAAUACAUACAAUCAAAUAAUGGGGGGGCAAUCUAAAAGUAAAAAGUCAAACAAGUCCAGAAGAAAACAAAAGAGCAGGAGCGAAGAAUCUGGGUUGAUAGGUUUAUCUGGACAGGAAAGAGUGAAACUCAAGAUGCAAGAAAAAGCAAAGAAGAAAACUGCAGAAAAAUACAGUGUGGAACAGUUACUGGAAAAGACUGAGGAGUGCAUGGACAAUUUUGACUUUGAAAUGGCCCAGUUGUUUUGUCAGCGUGCCUUGGAUCUGGAGCCCACCAAUCUUAACACUUUGGAUAUGCUCGGAAACAUUUGUGCAGAGCUUGGAAAUGAAGAAAAAGCCAAACAAGUGUUUCUGAGGGCAGUGGCGCUUAGUCCUGAGGAGGGACACAGCAAGUACAUGUACCUGGGACAGGUCCACAGUGGGAUGGAAGCAGUGCAGUAUUUCGGCAAAGGGAUUGAGGCUAUGCUUAAUGCUCUUGAAAAACAAACAACACCAGCUGCAGCUGCAGCAGCGAUUUCCCUUGAUGACCCUGGAGUGACAAACAAGGACAUCUCGGUGGCUUUUUGUUCUAUUGCUGAAAUUUUCUUCACUGACCUCUGUAUGGAUGAUGGAGCAGCAGAGAAAUGUAAAGAAGCCAUUGACAAAGCAUUGCAGUAUGACCCAGAGAACCCUGAAGCAUUGCAGCUAAUGGCCAGUUACCUCUUCAGUAUAGAAAAAACCCAGGAAGGAAAAGAGUUUCUAAUGAGAAGUGUUGCAGCAUGGCUUCCCAGCAUGCAGAAGAAGACAGACCAGACACCACGUGAAAAGCAAGGCGAUGGGGCGCAGGAUGGGGAUAGCCUAGAGAAUGUGUUUCCUCCAUAUGAAUCCAGAAUAACUACAACCAAGCUACUGAUUGAAGCUGAAGAAUAUGAGCUUGCCACAGAGAUUCUUGAAAGUCUAUUAGAAGAGGAUGAUGAAGUUGUCCAAGUUUGGUAUCUGUUGGGCUGGGUUUGUUAUCUUCAAGUGGAGAAGCCUGAGGAGACCGAAGCCUUCAAGGACUCUGCCAGAACAUAUCUAACAAAGGCCAAAAAGCUGUAUGUGAAGGUAAAAUGUGAUGACAGCCCGAUGCUGGAGCACAUGGAACAGCUACUGGCCGAGCUGAGGCCUGGAGAGGACCUCUUGGACUUGGAGGAGGAUCUUCCUUUAGAGAACAUUGACGAUGACUUUGUGGAGAGCAGCGACGAUGAGGCAAUGGAACAGUAAAGCAAUGCAGACCAGUGGUUAAGACUUAAUAAAUAUAUUUGAUAGAAAAAUAAACAUUGGAAUACAGUAGUGUUUGAUGAGCAUUAGCAGUUUCCCAUUUGCAUCUUUACUAUCUGAGACACCUUCCGCUAAGUCAAAAGCAAUUUUAUUGAGAUGUUUUUUGUUUGUUCAAUGAAAGCUACUUUUCUAUCAACCAUGCCUCUCUCUUUUUUGUUUGUUUUCAAGGACAGUCACUGCCUAAGCAUAUUUACUAAAACAGUGGUUGGAAUAUUGUUAUGCAAUUACUAGAUUCAGAAAUUGAACCCCUUUUAUUGUGCAAAUUAACUUCAUGUUCUUUGCCAUUUUAGAUUUGUUCAGAUAGAAAUGCUCCUUUGUCAAAACAAAGUCAUAUAUUGUCAUUAAUGUACAAAUAUUGUACCCCAUGGGAUACAUUGACACUACUCAUGAUAAGUGUGUGUGUUGACUGUUUUUACAAUCAAUUAAUCAAAAGGUGACAGAUCCCAAGUUCAACUUCCCCUUUUUGUGUAAAUGUCAACCAUAAAUAAAUGGUUUU